CCUGGUACCACACAAGUUCGAUUUUAGCCGAUCGCCUCGCGGUACUCUGAACAGAGCGCGACUCCAGCCCGCGGCCCACAGACCACGUUCGGGUCGUGCUCGAGACAGGAUGGUGGUCGACGUGUCUGUUCAUGUGAAGGGUGGUGGGCCCCAGGACGCGCCCCGGGACGGGGCCCUGGCCGUCAUCAGCCUGAAGGCUCUCGACAGCCCCGUGCGCUCGCAGGCACCUGGAGGAUGCCGUCAUGGCUUAGCAGUACACGCCACGACCGCGUACAACGUGGCCGUCUUCAGCUGCGCGGUUUAUUUCGUCAACCUGGUCCUGGAUGACGUCAGGAGGGACGGCAGCGUUUCCAUCCUGAACUGGCCCAUCCUCGCGCGCAGCUUCAGCCCCAGCACCCUGGCGCACCUGCUCGCCCUCUGGCUGGUGGUCAACGCCGGCGUUGUCGUCGCGAACGUCGGAUUCCGCUGCUGGCGGUGCGGGCGAGACAGCCUCCCGAGUCCAUUCGUUUGGGACAGCGGGUGGGUGCUGGCCGCGCUACUGCUGCACGUGGCGGUGCUGGUGGUCCCCGUGGUGGCCGCCUACUCGGUGGAACUGCCAGCUUCGGCCACGUGCGCGCUCUGCUUCGAGCAGUGUGACCCUCCCCCCGCCACCCUGUGCACGCACCUUUAUGUCUGACUGUUUCCUUCCGAGGCUCGCCUGUUGAUGAAGUCGUACGCGUACCUGCGGGAGCAUGUGCGGGGGGCCCUGGCCUGCCCCCGGGUCGAGACGAACGACAGCCUGAGUCACCUGCUGUACUACAUGUUCGCGCCGACGCUCCUCUACAGCGACGCUUA